UCUAUCAACACCGAAUUAAUUUAAUUGAUUUACAUAACAGCUGAUUACAGAUUGGACAGAGAGGAAAACAGAAAGGUAGGAAUUAGAAGAGAGGGAGGUCCUGGGGGGGAGAGGGAGGAGGAGAGAGAAAGACAGAGAGAGAAUGGGAGAGAGCGCACGGCCCUAAUAGCGACGGACUGAGUUUAACGAGCAGUAGAACAGCGAGAUUGAGGGAGAGGGAAAGAGAGAGCGAGCACCAUAGAAGGCAGCAAGCGUUACGACGAAUGCAAGCGCAUCACAAAUUACAACAGCGGAGAACCCUUCUGGGAUAUGUCGCGAGAGAGAUGGAGGAAAGAAGAGAUGAAGAGAUACCAAACACAGACUAAACGAGACAGGGGGAUAAAAGGAGGGAAAAUUCGAGUUGUGCUGUCUUUCUAAAUGUCUACAUAGGCAUUUUUAAAAUUAUUUUUGAAGAAACCGUUAUUUAAAUCAGACAUCUAUUUGUAGAGCUGUAUUUUCGGUAUGAUGAUGCUGGUAAUUUCGCUUGAUUAGAGCUGGGUAACAAAAAUAACCGCGAUUUUGUUAUAAACAUUUACGUUUGUUGAUCAGACGAGCAGGUCCAUGUGAAAUAUCGAGUCGGUUAGGGGUAAAACAAGGAAUUGAGGCGUCUCAGAGUCUGACGGACUUGUUAUCGCACGACCAACAAACAGAACAGAAGCAUUCACUAACCUGCGGAUAAAACUGUGACUCCCUUGAUUAAAAAACUACCCACGUUUCUGGUGAAAUGGUGGAUGUCAGUGGUAUUGGUUUGAGUUCACCGAUCACCCAGUAUGUUCGUGUCCGUCUGGUACGCGAAGAAAAUGGGCCGACGCUUCAUCAACAACGUCCGGAAAGCGAAGAAGCGAAGGCAAAGAAUGCUGGCAAACUCCCCUCCUGUGGUUGUUAACACUGACACACUUGAUGGCUCCCCCUACGUGAAUGGCACUGACGGAGAGGUUGAAUAUGAGGAGAUCACGCUGGAAAGGGGGAACUCUGGCCUGGGGUUCAGCAUUGCGGGGGGGACAGAUAACCCCCAUAUUGGGGAUGACCCAAGCAUCUUCAUCACCAAGAUCAUCCCAGGAGGUGCAGCAGCCCAAGAUGGCAGACUCAGGGUGAAUGACAGCAUCCUGUUUGUGAAUGACGUGGACGUACGGGAGGUCACUCACAGCCAGGCGGUGGAGGCGCUGAAGGAGGCAGGAGCCAUCGUCCGGCUCUACGUGCUGCGACGCAAACCAGCAGCCGAGAAAGUUACUGAGAUCAAACUCAUCAAGGGCCCCAAAGGCCUGGGUUUCAGUAUAGCUGGAGGGGUUGGUAACCAGCACGUCCCUGGAGACAACAGCAUCUAUGUUACCAAGAUUAUCGAAGGAGGGGCUGCACACAAGGAUGGGCGCCUUCAGAUAGGAGACAAAAUACUGGCUGUGAACUCUGUGUCCCUAGAGGACGUGAUGCACGAGGACGCAGUUGCAGCGUUAAAGAAUACGACAGAGGUGGUGUACCUGAGAGUGGCCAAGCCCACCAGCUUGUACACCCCUGACACCCACAACCCCCCGGACCUCACCAGCUCAUACUCUCCACAUCUGGACAAUGAGAUGGGCCACCCCAACUACCUGGCCUCAGACUACCCACAAGCCCUCACUCCCACCUCCCCCCGCAGAUACUCGCCCAUCUCCAAGGGCAUAUUGGGAGAUGAAGAUAUCCCCAGGGAGCCCAGGAGAGUUCUGAUCCAUCGAGGCUCCACGGGUUUGGGCUUCAACAUUGUGGGGGGGGAGGACGGAGAGGGCAUCUUCAUCUCCUUCAUCCUGGCAGGGGGGCCGGCUGACCUGAGUGGAGAACUGCGCAAGGGGGACCAGAUACUGAGUGUUAACGGCGUGGAUCUCAGACAUGCUACACACGAACAGGCAGCAGCUGCAUUGAAGAAUGCUGGGCAAACUGUCACCAUCAUUGCCCAGUACAGACCAGAGGAGUACAGUCGAUUUGAGGCAAAAAUCCAUGACCUGCGAGAGCAGCUGAUGAACAGUAGCCUGGGCUCAGGAACCACAUCACUGAGAAGCAACUCAAAGAGGAGCUUCUACAUUAGGGCUCUGUUUGACUAUGAUAAGACAGCGGACUGUGGUUUCCUGAGCCAAGCCCUGGGCUUCCGCUUCGGGGAGGUGCUGCACGUCCUGGACUGUGGGGAUGAGGAAUGGUGGCAGGCACGGCGAGUCAGCUCUCAGGGAGACUGCGAGGAGGUCGGCUUCAUCCCCAGCAAGAGGAGGGUAGAGAGGAAAGAGUGGUCACGCCUGAAGACUAAAGAAAGGGAUCGAGGUAGAGACAGCAUAGGAUCACAAGGAAGAGAUGAUUUCAUACAGAGCUAUGAGAUGGUCACACAAGUGGAAGUGCAUUACGCCAGGCCUAUAAUCAUUCUGGGUCCCACAAAGGAUCGGGUGAACGAUGACCUGUUGUCUGAAUUCCCUGACAAGUUUGGCUCCUGUGUUCCACACACCACACGCCCCAAACGCGAGUAUGAGGUGGACGGGCGGGACUACCACUUUGUGUCGUCACGGGAACAGAUGGAGAAGGACAUCCAGAGCCAUCGCUUUAUCGAGGCGGGGCAGUACAACAGCCACUUGUACGGAACCAGUGUUCAAAGCGUCCGAGAGGUAGCAGAGCAGGUACAGCAAGGGAAACACUGUAUCCUGGAUGUGUCGGCCAAUGCUGUGCGCAGACUGCAGGCAGCCCAGCUCCACCCCAUUGCCAUCUUCAUCCGUCCCAGAUCUCUGGAGAACAUUCUAGAGAUAAACAAGCGCCUGACUGAGGAGCAGGCUCGGAAGGCCCUGGACCGUGCUGUGAAACUGGAACAGGACUUCAUUGAGUGCUUCUCAGCCAUUGUGGAAGGAGACAGCUUUGAGGAGAUCUACCACAAGGUUAAGACGGUGAUCGAGGAGCAGUCCGGGCCGUACAUCUGGGUCCCAGCCAGAGAGCGGCUGUGAGGCUGCCCCCUGCCCGAUCCCGGCAGUCCAGUCUGCUACUCACUGCGAGAGAGAGAGAGAGAGAGAGAGAGAGGGAGGAAGAGAGAGAGAACUCCAUCCCCUGUCUCCCCAGCUGCCCAUCCAUCUAGCUCUCUCCUCGUUGUUCCCCUCUCCUCCUUUCUGAACACUGAAACUCAGCUCUUCUGGCCAAGUUACACUUUGAGGGAGAGAGGGAGGACAGGACAGGGAGAACAGGGUGAGAGAGGGGGCUGUGGGGAGGAAGCACAGGAAAACACUACUUAUCCCUCCCUCCAUCUCUCCCUCCGCCUUUCCCUCUACCCCUCACUCCCUCUGCCUGUCAGUCCCAUCUCAUUCACCGUCUUUUUUCACACUCCCUCUCUUUCUUUUUCUUUCUUUCUUUCUUUCUCUCGCUCUCUCUCUGUCUCUGUCUCUCUUUCCUCACCAGCUGCUUCUAGUACUAUCUUAAGCCAUCUGUUCUUAGUGGUCGCCCCCUUACCCUGAAACUAAAGGGAGGAAAUGAAGGUCUCUCCUAAAAGACAGGCCCCUCCUCCGCUUCCCUUCCCAGAGAUGGAGAGAGAGAGAGAGAGAGAGAGAGAGAGAGCGCUCUCCUCUUAGGGAUGGACAGAUCUCCAACAACAGUCCACUGCUGUAAGACCCAUUUAUUAACAAACAAUAUUACAGUUUAUGGCUCUCUCUGUCACACAUGAAGAGAAGGGAAGAGAGGCCUGUAAAUGGAGAGGGAAGGGGAGGAAGGAGAAGGGAGGGCUGAUUCAGCUCAAAGCCCCUCUUCUUCAUGCCUGCUUUCAGUCAGGAUGGCCUGCAGAAGGCGGAGGGGAAGAGGGCAGGAUGGUAAAGGGGGAGAAUACUCUGUUUUUCAGCAUGCUGUGCUGAUCCUCUGGGGGAAGGUGUUAUUUUACAAGAUCACAAGAGAGAAAAAGAAAGAGACUUAUGCUUAUUGGAGAGAUGGAUGUGUUCAGAUUCAGCAAACAUCAGCGCUUGUUCUCUACACAAAAUGAGAACAGGCCCUCUGGCUAUGUCUUACUCUCAGCAGUGAAACACAAGCGUUCGGUCCAGAACUCCCUCUCACUCUCUCUGUUUUUCUUAUCCUCUCUCUCUCAAAUGAGUCAUACAUAUAGGCAACAAAUUUAGACAAAUGUAUAAAUUAAAUCAUAUCUAUAUUUUUAGCAAACAGAAAUUCUAUCAGGACUUUGAAUCCUGACAAACAGAGUACACAGUUUUAAUUGAAAUGGAUUUUUUGUUUUUUGUUUUGUUUUUUGUUUUUGCUGUUGUUUGUUCUGCAAUACUGGGAUCCGUGUUCUGGCGGUGGUCGCCUGUUUGCGGCCUGCAGUGUUUCGCAGCAAUAUUUCCUCAAGGGGUCAAACGGAAUGUGGAGACUAGAAAAAAAUCUGUGCACUUUAUAAAGUUACAUGUAUUACUGUGGAGGCACUGCCUCCUCUGGGUGGGGCAUCUGGGCUCCUGAAAUCUCCCACAAUGCCCCUCAGCAAUCUAAGGCAGGUGGUCCAACUUCUAGAAUCGUACAUUUGGAACUUGCUGUAGGCCCUUGGCCUUUUCUCCUUGUGGUCUUUACACUCUCACACAAGUUCCCCAUACUACAGGCUGUUACAAAGUUACUGUAACGUUCAGAUUAAUUAACCAUGGGACAGGCCGCAUUGCUAUAGGGUUAGGACAAUUUGUUAUAAUAUAAGCCAAGCGACUGUAGGGUUAAGCUAAUUUGCUAUGGGAUAAAUUGCUAUAUGGUUUGGCCAGUUUGAUGCGAGUGUAUGUGUGAAGGGCAUAAACUCUUCCUAAAAACAGGACUACUCCCAUCAGACCUUGGGGGUGACAGUGUUUUACUGCAGUGUUGCAAACCUGGCCGUGUCACUCAGAAGUAGUCACAGAUGAGUGUUAGUGUUACCCUUCACUGAUGGCCAUGCAGGCUGGUCUGGCACUUUCCCAUCCCAGGGGGUUUGGGUGAGCCAGAAUGGGUAAGUCCAGUCGCUGCUGCGGUCUUUUUCACCUGCGACCCUUGAUUUUGUAAACAAAUUUAACGGGGAAGUGAGGUGGUCUCCUGCACACAUGCUCCGUAAUGAAGCAGAUUCACACUGUUAUACCUCAGAGACAGAAUGUUUUUAAACUCUACCUGCUCCCCCCCAGAGCUCACCUCUACAAGCGCUACCACGGCCACUGACAAACGCACUCCCACCUGACAUUUACACUACAUCUGUUCAUCAACCUGACCUGAUAGAGCCCUACAUGGGAGUCACAUGACUUUCUGAAAGUGCCAGGAUGAACAUGUAUUCCACAAGCCCACAAAGUGUACCAUUACUGACCGGCACAAAUGUAUUCAUGUAAUGAAAUGGAGGUGGUGGGUACUGCUGUCGGUGGCUGAUUGUGUGAUAUAUUAAUAAUAUUGUUAUAACCUACUAUCCUGUAAUGGAGCAUUGCCUCUGCAAUUAAAUGAUUUUUUUCUGUUAUUCAUGUCUCUGUCUAGGGCUACUGUUUACAGACAUAUUUCAUUCACAUUGUUAAUGCUGUAUUUCAAAUAUUGUACAUCUUAUGAAUGAAUGAGGCUGUGGAGGACUUGUGGGCUUUGAGGACUGUCAGGGAGAUGCCUGUACGUGUGUGCGUGUGUGUGUGUGUGUGUGUGUGUGUGUGUGUGUGUGUGCGGGGACUGGUAGGAAGCCGAUGAAAACCAAAUGCGCAUAAGUGGAGUGCUGCAAGAGAGAGCGAGAGCAGAGAACAAACGGGACAGGUAGAGCAAGAAAGAGAACAAUAGCACAUGAUGGAGAAAGAGGGCAGGGAGCAAAAAGGUAUGGAGAAAGGAAGACCUGCUUGCAUGAUAAAUAGAGGAGUUCUGAGAGUGGGAGAGGGGGAAUGUAACCAGUGGGGCAGACCCUCCGUUCUCAUAUGAAGUCAUCCAGUCUUCACUGUGAAUUCUGGAACUCAAACAGCUUGUGACCGGGCUACAAGAUACAAGCUUU